UUCAGAAUUGGAGCAGCUUGAUUGGAUAGAAAUUUGUACAUCUUACAAUGUUCAUGGUUCAUGCCUAUCUGUGUUAUCAAUAUUGAGUGAAAGACUGUAGCUCCAAACAUGGACAGUUUGCCUUUAGAUACAAAAGUGCAUGAGGAUACAGUUGAAUUUGUUUCUGUUGAAGAAAAAAAUAUUAAAGGUAUUAGUAAAGGAAAUGAUCAAGAAGUGAAAGAAGUUAUUGAUCAUGUGUAUAAAGAAGAAAUCACUUUUGUAAAGACUGAAGAUGACAUAAAUGCAAAUGAAUACUCAAUAUGCAAAGAAACAGAAAUUGUUCAUAUGGAAACCAUUAAAAGUGACUCAAAUAUCUUAAUGAGUGACUAUGAAGAUCCGUUAAAAGUGCCAGAGUUGGGAAAUUGUAAAGAAACCUUCUCAUCAGAUAAUCUGGUUACACACAAGGAAACUGAGGAGGAUGGGUUACCCCAAGUUGAUAGGAAAGGAAAACGUUUUAUGUGUGUGUUAUGUUGCAAAAAGUACACUUACAGGUAUGAAUUACUGAAACAUGCAAGAGUUCAUACGAAGGAGAGGCCUUAUAGCUGUGAUAUAUGUAGUAAUGCAUUUGCAGAGAAAAGAACUCUGAUGCGUCACAUGUUGGUACACACAAAGGAAAAGCCCUUUAAAUGUGAGAUCUGUGACAAACCAUUCUCUCGUAAAAGCGAAAUAAAAUUACAUAUGAGAGUCCAUACAAAGGAGAAGCCCUAUACCUGUGAAAUAUGUGGCAAGAUGUUCACCAUGAAGGAAACCUUGGAAUACAUAUGA